UUCACGGUGCCUGAGCUGUGUUUUUGUUUGGGCCUUUAAAGAAAAAUAAAUUUAACGCCCUUUCUUCCGCUGCAUGUGUACUCUGCCGCUACUCUGAGAACGACACAUUGGAUGCCUUAGCCGCAAAAACAUUGCUUGCUCACAGCUUUCUUAAGCACUGUUUUGUAAACUCCAGGCGCUGGGAUGCGCAGCCCGGAGCGGAGGGUCCUUUUUCCCCUCAGCGGAUAGAGGUGUGUGGCAGCCGCUCGGUUCAUGUUCUUAGCUCGUUUCUUGGUAAAGAUGGCAGCCAACAAUGCAGUGCUGAACAGACUGGAGCAGAAGGGUGCAGAGGCCGAUCAAGUUAUUGAAUACCUCAAGCAACAAGUUGCACUGCUCAAGGAGAAAGCUAUCUUGCAGGCUUCUCUCCGGGAAGAGAAGAAGCUUCGUGUGGAAAAUGCCAAACUGAAGAAAGAAAUUGAAGGGCUGAAGCAGGAGCUGAUUCAGGCAGAAAUUCGAAAUGGAGUAAAACAGAUAGCAGUUCCUUCUGGUACAACUGUUUCUACAACAUCAUUUUCGGAUGAUAUUCCACAAAGUACAGUAGUUGCAUCAUCUCCUAGUUCCAAAGAUCAAAUUCAAGGUGAAGAUGAAGAAAACAAAAAGAAGGGAAAGGUAGAAAAAAAAGGUGAAAAGAAGGAAAAGAAACAGCAGCCAGCUGCUGGAAGUAGUAAUGCAAAACCUGUAGAUGUUUCUUGUCUGGAUCUUCGUGUGGGCUGCAUUAUUACUGCCAAAAAGCAUCCAGAUGCAGACAGUCUGUAUGUUGAAGAAGUGGAUGUUGGUGAAGCAACCCCAAGGACUGUCGUCAGCGGUUUAGUGAAAUAUGUUCCUCUGGAUCAGAUGCAGAAUCGGAUGGUAAUACUGCUCUGUAACUUGAAGCCUGCAAAGAUGAGAGGAGUAGUAUCUCAAGCAAUGUUGAUGUGUGCCAGCUCCCCAGAAAAAGUGGAAAUUCUGGCUCCCCCACCUGGAGCAGUACCUGGAGAUAGAAUCACUUUUGAAAGUUUUCCUGGGGAUCCUGAGAAGGAACUAAAUCCCAAGAAGAAGAUGUGGGAACAAAUCCAGCCUGAUCUUCGUACCAAUGACCAAUGUGUUGCUACAUACAAAGGAGUUCCAUUUGAAGUGAAAGGGAAAGGCAUCUGCAGGGCAGAAACCAUGGCAAACAGCGGAAUUAAAUAAAUAAGUGGUUGUUAGAAGCUUUUUCAGAUGAAAUGGAAAGUUACGCAAGCACAAUAAAAAAACAUUACUAUAUUACCCCUCUGAAAUGCAUGGCUAAUACUUUUUUUUGUUUGUUUAACUCCUCUUCCAGCGGUAUAGAAUGCAUUAUGCCUCCCCCAUUUUCACAAUUCACCCAUUCACCAUGCUUGCUGUCCUUGAGGUGGAGUGUUGGCAACAGUCAUUAACCACUUGCUGCUUAAGACUUAACUGCUAACUCUUGUUUAUGGUAGAAGUACAGGCAGGCAAGCAAGCAUAUUUUAUGGACAACUAAAAGAUUUUGGGGAUUUUUGGAGCAGGAGCAUCUCAGGAAAAUUUCUGCCAUGUUGCUUGUGUGCUAACUGCACUUCAAGAAGCUGAGGACUAGCAGUUAUCAAGGAAGACACAAUUGUCGUUAUUCCUCUAGUCACCUUUUAUUACAUUUUCUCCUCUUCCAAGAAGUUUUCAGAUGUAUUGUAAACCUCUGCAUUUUUUUCUUAGCCAUGUCAGUAGUCUGCAAACUGUAAUGGGAAGAUUAAACUAUGGCCCUUUAUACCCUAAGAUAUACAAAUCCACAUACUUCCAUGUCCAUAGUUAAGCUGUUAAAGUGUCAGUAAGAUCAAAGCUCUUACUUUGCUAAAAUAGUUGUUCUCUAGUCUGCCUAGAUAUUUCCUUCCAAAGUACUAAGAAAGGAUGAAGUAGCAAAUAGAUUGCUAGAGCUAGUCAAAUACUAAAAAAAAAAAAUUGUUCCUAAUGCCCAAACAGAGAAAAAAAAAAUUGGGUUUUUGUUUUUUUUGCUUUAACAUAUUUUUAUGCCAUGAUAUUUUAUACAAAGAUACUUUGAUUUUAACAGAAGUAGCUUCUUCAGUUUUUACAAUUAGAAUGAUUCCAUAAUAAUGUAGUACAAGUAGUCAUAGUUGCUAUAGUAAUAGCCUCAAAUUACUCCUCUUAAUUCCCACCUUUUAAUAAUGGAAAAAUAACUGUUUCAGAUCAAAUUUCAAUAAAUCUCUUAAGUAGCCUUUUAGACUUACUUCAGGUAUUUUGGCAUAUAAUUAAUUAACUGGUUACCUUCUAACUGCUGAAAUAAAAACCCUUAACGAUUCUGAAUUUUGGAGGCUUUGAACUUUGUCCAGUAAACUGGGAGAGAAAACAAAAGUACGGUGAUACAAAAUUAAAAGGAACAGGCACAAAGGAAGAGAUUAACAGGUUUCUCUUUAGAAUGAGUUUUGUAUGUGCCUAUAAACUGUGUUAAUUUCAUGUGCAUCUGGGAAUAAGGAAUAGGAAUUAGUUUUUAAAUGUACUGAUAGUGUUAAACACACAGGAGCUAUUUUACCUGCCUUCUAAAGUACAUGUCCAGCAAUUGUCUUCUUAAACAAAAUUCUUGAAGUUCAAAAUCUCAAUUCUAACUAAUCCUGAAUCGAGGUAAGGAAAUACUUUAAAAGCUAAAAUGCAUUUACUGUAAAUACUGGAAAACUCUUUCCAAACAUUGGAAUUCGGAGGAAUUUCUGGAAGCUUGAAGAAUUGAACAAAGAGGCUUUGUUACAGUCAAAACUCAGGUGAUUUUUAGUUUUCUUUUUUCUUCCUUUCCAGAACUGUAUUUUGUAUGAACUGCGAUACACAAUUUGGUGUAGUGCAAAAUCUCAUUUGUGACUACGUAAUUGUUAGGAGCAUGAUUUAGACCACUAACUUCUCAUGUUUGGGGUCAGAGCUAGGAUUCUGGAUGCAGUAGUAUGAGGUACUCCGUGAAAGGCAACUAGUUUGGUAAUCUAAGCAGAUAUUUGUAGCUCUGUGUUCAAAGUCAUUUGGUAUGAAUUAGGAAUUUUCCAGUGGAUGACCUCUACUCUUUUAUUUCUAUUAAUUGUUACCUAACAUAGAAAAUAGAUAAACGAACACCUGAAAGCUAGUUUUAUUCCUUGCUGUGUUUAAGUAGAAUCAUUUGAUAAUUAUUUUGUCUUAUAAAAUCCAAGAGCUUUCUUAAUACAACAGCUCUUUCCCCUUUAGUUAAGCUCUUCUGGUUGUGUAGGAAAAUGUAUUUAUGCUCUACUGAGCUCAGAAGUGACAACAAGGUACUUGAGGCACUGUGCAAGUAUGUUUCCUCACUGAAUCCAGCCUCUUCUGCCUUGUCUGCAUGGGUAAGUAGGACUGCAGUGAAGUCCUUCCAUGUGGGACCCAGAAGUUCCUGUAAUGAAAAACAAAUCUUAAAUAGUUAUAUUUUCUUGUUCCUCUUCCCUACUCUCACCUCUUACACUUCUGCAUUAACAGACCAGUUAUAUGUUCUUUCCUGGCAGUAAUCCAGUUCAUGCUUUCUGAGUUGCUGAAAUUUUGGGGGUUUUUUACCUUCCCAAGACAUUGACAUCAACAUCCUCUUUCAGUGGAACUAUGUGGUCAUGCAGUACUAGCAGUUCUCUGUUCUCUUACUACAGAUGAUAAUAGAAUUUCUCUAGUUAAAAAAAAAGAUCAAUGUAAACAAAGAAAAAUGAUUGUUUAGCUAUGUCAUAUAUUAGUAUACAUCAGUAGUUUCCACAUAUCCAUAUUUCUAGAUUUCUUGCAGCUCUUUGAAGUUUUUAGUUUUAAAAUCAACUUGUUCUAUAAGAUAAAUGAUGAAUUUCUAUGUUACACCAACUGUAAUUCCAACUGUAGCCUGUGAAACAGAACUUUUCUCAGGAGUUUAGGGAAAAAUAAAAACCCAAAUCAAAUGCAUCAAUCCAA